UUCCAGGAGCAGAAACAGAUUUAGACUGGAAGUGAUGCAGGGCAGGACCCCCAACCCACCCCACCCCGAGUAGAUGCUUGGUUACAAAGACAAAGGAAAAUGCACACUAAACACGUCAAGGUUGGCUGGUAUAACUCGGUGCUGCCUCCUUCACUGCGCCUGGCUUAUCCAGAUGACAGCCUGGCUGUGGUGGUGCUCAGCACCCCUACAAUGUUUGAACAAGCCUUAAUGCCCUUCCUGGAAGAAAGGGGCUGCCAGGGACUGUCUGACCCCAUAGACCAGUGUGUCAAACAUUGUGUCACCUCUUCUGUCCUACAGUGUUUUCCAGGACAGAGUGUGGAUGUCAGGUAUGACUACGAGCUGCUGCCCAGCAGGAAGCCGAAGUUCUUGGCACAGACUGCUGCUCACGUGUCUGGAGCAGCUUUCUACUACCAACAGUCUGAUGUCACAGACCAACCCUGGGCUGAAAAAGUAAAAAUGUUCGGCGUGUGUAUGCAUCCGAGGUUUGGGGGCUGGUUUGCCAUCAGAGCUCUGUUGGUGUUCAGAGAUGUGACGGUGGGCUUUGAGGUGGUGCAGCCUGUUCCUCCUGACUGUGUGCCCACUAGAGAGGGCAGGAUACAGCUGCUGGAGGCUUUCAACUUUCACUGGCAGCAGGACUGGAGCUACAGAAACAUCGUCUGUCCAGUCCAGACAUAUUCUCAGAAACAGAGGGACUACUUUUCCACCCCUCCUGCUCAGCGGCUUGCUCUGCUCAAGUCUUGGGGCAUCCUGCCAAUUGAUGACCAUCAACCUGAAAGCGACUCAAACGCACGGAGCCAAAUAAACGGACAUGGCUGAAAGAGAAGAGCAGCUGCAGUAUGGAAGUAUUGCCCAUCCACUCUGAGCACAAACCUCCACUGCUUGCUGGACUUUUAAUUAAAUAUUGAUUGAAACCUGAAGCUGUAAUUUGACACCUAAGCUGAAUUGCUGAACUGUAUUUAUAAGGUUUUGGUUAAAAAUUGUUUCAUGGUACGUGGCUUACUGUUCCAGGACUUGCGUAUAAAUGCUCACUAUGUGCCUCACAAUGUAUGGCUGCUAUAUGAUGUGUUUCAUCACAUUUUUACACUACAUUCAAAUUCUGUCUUAUAUUUGCCAGAGUAAAAGGCCGCUCCUUUUAUUGUGUCAUUUUAUGGAAUCCUGACUAUACUCAUACGAAUUGUAUGAAAUCAACGGUGAGGACUGUUAAAGGGCCUUGUAGCUGUCUUCUGAAAAGACAGUUACAGUUGAAUACAAUUUCUGUUAGAGAAAAAUGCUUUAAAAAAAAAAAAAAA